AUGCCCCUCCCAGAUCUUUCCCUGCUCCUUCAUCAUCCUAUACCUCCUGAUGGCCCAGCUCUUUCCCUGCUUCUUCAUCAUCCUAUACCUUCUGAUGGCGCUGCGGAUUUCCAUGCGCUCCCAGAUCUUUCCCUGCUUCUUCAUCAUCCUAUACCUCCUGAUGGCACUGCAGAUUUCUCUGCGCUCGUUCGUCCACGUGGGGGGGCUGAUGCCUCUAUGAAUCUACCUGGUCCUCAGCUCCCUCCCAAAAACCAUCAGCCGCUUCCCCCAGACCCUCAGCUCCCUCUCUGGAGCCCACCUGAUACUAGCGCUCAGUGCGCUCCUCCAAGCAUUUGGCCCAGUCCCAUGGGCGCUCAGCGCGCUCCUCCAAGCACUCUGCAUCCCCCCCAUUCACAGCACCCCCCUCCUCAUUUUUCCGGCACUGGGGGCAGAAGCGGCCAUACGCGGCUUUCCCUUCUCCCCCUCCCAUGGAAAAAAAAACCUUCCUUCUCCCACGGAAGCCCCAGAUGCCAACAUACCACAGUCGCGAGGUGUUUGGCUCUGCUCCCUUCCCCUCUCCUCGUGACACUUGUUCACUCGCGCAAUUGUGGGAUGGGUCUCGGUGCUCAUUCAUUGUUUGGAGGCUGA